UGCCUAAUCAUCGAACCGCUCGCCUCGCAAGGCGCCUUACACCACGACCCGUGCGCGACGUGACACGCCCAGUCCCGCGGCCCGACCGCACACUGCGCAAAAUGUCACGCUCUACGAUUCCGAGCAAGCGAUCUGCGGACGCCCAAGAGGACGCAUGGGUGGCAGAUGAGGACAGAUUUGUGCUACAGCAGUCGAAGAAAAAGGCAGCUAUCAGAGCAAAGGCAGGGAGAGCACAGCCAAUUGAUUGGCUAGCAGUUACUUUGGCAGUCAUUGACCCGGAGCGCAAUCCAUUGGGUGAUGAGGUUGAUCCCAAUGAGCUGGAGACCGUGGAUCCAGAAGCUGUGUUCGAUGGCUUGGAUGAUGCCCAAUUGGCGGACUUGGAGAAAAGCAUUGAGACGUACAUCACGCUGGAGAAGAGCAAGAGCAAUCACGACUAUUGGGCUAUGAUGAAAACGAUCUGCAUAGAUAGGCGGAAGGGAAGUCAGAGCACACAAUCAACAGCGCGCGGCGUCGGCGCAGUAGCAUCAGAUCUGGACAAACUUCUCGGGCCCAAGACACUAGAAGAACUGGAGAAGUUGGAGAAGCAAAUACGAACAAAAUUGUCCUCCAACGAGCCAAUCGAUACCGAUUACUGGGAACAUUUGUUGACGAGUUUGCUCACCUACAAGGCCAGAGCUCGACUGCGAAAGGUGUCGCGCGCGGUAGUGGAGGCACGAUCUGGUGGGUUGCGCAAACAGCAAGUGGCGGAAGCUGCUGCACUCAAAUCACGUCUGGAAGCACGUCUCCAGCUACUGUCUGCUAGCGGUCCGGAAGAUGCAGGCGUGUCGGGUGCGAACGACCUUGACGACAAUGGUCGUCACGCGCUAGAUCCGGAAUCACUCCUCCGAGUGGAGCCAGAGGACAAAUCGCUGAAGAUGUUGACCGCGGCCGAAUUUGCGCGACAGAUUGCCGAGGAUAGGCAGAAAGUGAUGAAGACUGGAUUCGUGCCAAGCUUUCAGCAGAGUGCAAAUGGUCAGGCAUCAAAUGGCUCUGGUCAGGUCGCAAAACGUGCUCGAACGGACGGUGGCGAAGCAACCCAAUCUGCUUUUGACCGUGAGGUGGCGCGAGGUCUUGGCGAGAAUGAGGAACUCUUCACUCAAGAAGUGGAAGUCGUUACCAGAAAUCGUGCACAGUGGGCGCAGCAGCAUCGACCGCGGAAGCCCAAAUACUUCAAUCGUGUUCUGCUUGGCUACGAGUGGAACAAGUACAAUCAGACUCACUACGACCACGACAAUCCGCCACCAAGGGUUGUCCAAGGAUACAAGUUCAAUGUGUUCUAUCCCGACCUGGUUGACAAGACCAAGGCACCAACAUACCGCAUCGAGCGAGAAAAUGGGAGAAAACGUGGGGAGACGUUCGCGCCAGCUGGAGAAGACGACACCUGCUUGAUCCGCUUUACUGCUGGCCCACCAUACGAGGACAUCGCUUUUCGCAUUGUGGACAAAGAAUGGGACUACAGUGCGAAACGAGAACGUGGCUUCAAGAGCAGCUUCGACAAGGGCAUCCUUCAACUCCAUUUCCAGUUCAAGAAGAUAUACUACAGAAAGUAGUUCACCAGCUGCGCUCGGCCACCAAUGCACUAUUUGAGCGACCCCAUUACAUUCAAAGUCGGUAGACAUCUGCUGUCUGGACGACUUGUAAUACAUGACUUCAGGUUCGGCCGUAGGGCAUAGGGCCACUCAUCGCGGCUUUCUAUGUUCCGCAACACCUGUCAAGCGUAGCGAGCUCAGCUGCUCGAAUCAAGAUUUUGGCACCUGUUGUGAUUGCGCAACGAGCCCUCACUUGUACCUGUCCUUUCACGUUGGCAGCAUCACGAAGAGACACGCAUUGCAUGCCACCGCAUCGUUGACACCUGCAGUGGUGCCGUGUCUGCAGCAUUGUGCGCCGUCCUUCCGCACUCCAGUUGGAAUGAACAAUGGAUAGCGCCAUCUGAGACACAAUCGGGCACACAAGAAGAUCGUGGACAGGGGUGCCUGGG